GGUUCCUAUCCUUGAUCGGUGGUUGAACUGGUAUGAGUCCAAUGGAACCCUUGGAUGGAGAAGGACCACCUAUGCCUCAGUUCCCUUACUUCUCACCGCCACUUGCACCAGGCUUGUCUCAGUACUGCCCUCCUCCUGAUCUCUCCAACCAAUUACAGCAGCAGCAACAAGAGCCUUCCUCAGUACUGAGCUGUGGAGGGGCACCACCGGCCAUUGACUGGGCUUCACUGUUCUUACCGAGUCCGAUAGUGCUCCCGCAGCCGAUGCCGGCGGGAUUGUUACAAAGUGUGGGGAGGCCAGGCGAAGGCGAAGCCGAUGCUACUGGUGGUGGUGGUGGUGUCAAGGAGAAGGGAAAGGGUGGAAGGACAAAGAAGGUAAGCAGGCCGAGGUUUGCAUUCCAGACCAGGAGUCCCAAUGAUAUCCUUGAUGAUGGUUACCGAUGGAGAAAGUAUGGCCAGAAGGCGGUGAAGAAUAGCACUUAUCCCAGGAGCUAUUACCGUUGCACUCACCACACGUGCAAUGUGAAAAAACAAGUUCAACGUCUAUCGAAAGAUACAAGUAUUGUUGUUACUACAUAUGAGGGAGUACACAAUCACCCUUGCGAGAAACUAAUGGAAGCUCUGAGCCCUCUUCUCAAGCAGAUUCAAUUCCUCUCUCGGUUUUAGUAUGCUUUUGUUAAGUUGGGCAUAGGAAAAAGUUGCCCAUCCUUACAAAUUAAACUUGUUCCAUUAUAUAAGAUGCAUAAAGACAACUCAAACUUACAGUUUACAGCAUAUAAACUUGUUAAACGAAGAAGGAAACAAAAAUACUUUUCUAUUAA